GAUCUUUUACUAAUUUUCUCCACUCUUUCCCUGGUCAGGGGCUUGUCAGUUUUAUUGUAUCCCCAAGGCACAGUGUUUCAGGUUUGUAUUUCUCAGACAUCUCUUUCGUCGCUUCGGUAUCUUCCUCGCCAGCCAUUUUUACUUUGCCAACUCGACUACCCAUCUCCUCUGAUUUCCUGCUGCGAGAAAUCCCAAGAAACGAAUAAAAUCCCGAGGGUGGCGUGCCUCAAAUCGCUUGUCGACUUUUUCCACUAACGUAGUUCGGGAUAUCCCAAUUCAUGAUUGAAAAUGAAACACCCUAUCACGUUCGGGCUCUCGACUCCUGUAGAACUGAACUUGCGGAACAGAGCUAUGGUCUACUCGGUCGGCUUUCAACUUCAGUUCACAUUGCCAUAUAAUUUGACGCAAUUUGAGCCAACCAUAGUUCCCGCAAGAUCCACCAGAGAUUUGACGUUGGAGGACACUUACGCGAGCAUCGAGAACUUGCUUGACGAGAAUGGCUGGAACGAUGGACGAGAAUGUCUCCUGAGAAGUAUCUGCGAACUGGCCGAGAGUCCGCUCGAAAGAGACGGGCAGGACUUCGUCGAAGAAGUCGUCCACUUGCUUCUAACACCGUCGGAGGAUCUGCCGGAGGCCUUUGAUUUCAAUCACCGUAGCGUUCACGAGAUGUACCACGAGGCGGAGAGGAUAGGCAAGGAAGGCGGGGACUGCAUCUCGGCUUAUCCUGAUUGCAUCAAAUCGCCGUUGGAUUCCUUUACGGAAGUUUUACGAGCGAAUCUGCAGUAAAAAUCUAGUUACAUAGGAUUGAAAUUAUUUACGACGUAGAGACGCGAAGAAGUCUCAAUGCGUUGGUUUAAUUGCACCUGUAAUUUCAUACAAUCUUCAAAAUGUCCCGAGUUUAUUUCGACGUACAUUAUACGCAAACUGUAAUCGACGUUAAACGACGCG